GAUCCUAGAAAUCCAAAAAGGCUCAUCUGGGAAGGAGAGAGAGAGGAAAGCGAGAGGAAGCGGGAUGCAACUCAACCUGACGCUGAUCUGCUUCGUCUUCGGGGGGUUCCUCCCCGACGCCGCGGCCCGGCGGGAGCAGAUGGACACGGGGCAGUGCGACCUGCCCCGCUCGCAAGGAGAGCUCAACUCCUUCUUAUGGACCAUCCGCCGUGACCCCCCCGCCUAUCUCUUCGGCACCAUCCACGUGCCCUACACACGGGUGUGGGACUUCAUCCCCGACAACUCCAAGGCAGCCUUCCAUGCCAGCUCCAGCGUCUACUUUGAGCUGGACCUCACGGACCCCUACACCAUCUCUGGGUUAGCCAGCUGCCAGAUGCUGCCCCACGGGGAGAACCUGCAGGACGUGCUGCCCCGGGAGCUGUACCGCCGCCUCAAGCGGCACCUGGACUACAUCAAGCUGAUGCUGCCCCACUGGAUGACCCCAGACCAGCGAGGCAAGGGACUCUAUGCCGACUACCUCUUCAAUGCCAUCGCUGGCAACUGGGAGCGCAAGCGGCCUGUCUGGGUGAUGCUUAUGGUGAACUCCUUGACGGAGACAGACAUCCGCUCAAGAGGAGUGCCCGUGCUUGAUCUCUACCUUGCUCAGGAGGCUGAGAGGAUGAAGAAGACAACGGGUGCAGUGGAGAGGGUGGAGGAGCAAUGUCACCCACUGAACGGGCUCAACUUCUCCCAGGUGCUGUUUGCUCUAAACCAAACUUUGCUCCAACAUGAAAGCCUCCGAGCAGGUAGUUUGCAGGCCCCAUAUACCACUGAAGAUCUCAUCAAGCAUUAUAAUUGUGGAGACCUGAAUGCCGUCAUAUUCAACCAUGACACUUCUCAGGUCCCUAAUUUCAUCAACACAACACUCCCACCCCAUGAGCAGGUGACGGCUCAGGAGAUAGACAGCUACUUCAGACAGGAGCUCAUCUACAAGAGAAAUGAGAGAAUGGGGAAGAGAGUGAUGGCACUUUUAAGGGAGAACAGAGACAAGAGCUUCUUCUUUGCCUUUGGAGCAGGUCACUUCCUGGGUAACAACACUGUGAUUGAUGUACUGAGACAAGCAGGAUUUGAAGUGGAGCACACCCCUCCUGGACAACCAAUUGGAAAUGCAAGGACGACAAAGACAAGCCCAGCCUUGGAAGGAUCCCCAGCAACAGCCCUGCCUGCUGUCCAGCUUUCUGAGCAGGUCCCACUGACUUCUCCUUCCCUGAAGCCCCUGCAGAUGGAUGAAGAAGACAGCCUGUCUCCUCACCUCCUGUUGCCAGACAGCAUCAGCCAGCUGGAAGAGUUUGGCAGACAGAAGAAAUGGCACAAGAAGCAGCACAAACACCAUCGCCAGAGGCAGUUCAAUGACCUCUGGGUUCGGAUAGAAGACAGUACCACCACGUUGCCUUCCUAUAUCAGGAUAACCAAUGGCUACAUCACAGUCAAACCUCCCAUUUGGAUUUCAAACCGACUGGAUCAGAGACCACGUUCAGAUCACCCAUCCCAGCCUCAGCCUACAAGCUCAGCUUCAGCCAGUGUUUUAUGGCCAUCAAUAACUUCUCUUCUCUGCGUGGCCAUAGCUUCUUUUCUCCUGAGUCUACUGCAGCCUUCCUGACCACGUUAGUAGCACGUGCAAUCCCUUGGAAUAGAGAAGAGAGAUAAUUUAUGAACAAUUUGGAGGUUAUGACAACAACAAUUGCAAACUGGACCUUCUCAGUGAAUCAGUAGUGCCUUCUAGCUGAUUUUGUCUCUUUGCCCAGAUACAUUUUGAAACUCUAAAGCUUUAUCGUAACACUAACUUACAUCUUCUUUUUGUAGAAGGAUCUUUAUUUCCCAUACUGCUAUGGGGUUUUGUAAAAUAUACAUGUUCAUAUAAAGAAAAACAAAAAGAAAAAGAAAAAAUGUAUUUAUUCAACUGGUAAACUUAUUUUUUCUUGUGUAUAUGUUAAUAACAUCCCUAUUAAUCAGUAGCGAUGGUGAAACAGAUAAAUUAAUAUUUUCUAUAUUUGUUUUCUAACUGACAACUCUGCAAAUGUCUGAACUGACACCAAAUGAAUGGCUUCUUUGUUUCUUUAAACAUUACUUUUUACAGAAACUGUCCUAUAAGUACAAAUCUGCUGAACUUCUUAAUUCUACUUGUUUUUAAUACUAUUGGCACAGCUUACACUGAAUAAAGCAGAUUCUGCUCCUCUGUGGCCUAUGCUUACUAGAAAAAUAGGUGCAUUCUUAACACAAGUUAGCUGCUACAACCUAAAAUCCCAGUUAUAUUUAUAUGACUUAGUAAGUCAUGAGUCAAAAUAGCCUUCUCAGUCCUUCUGUUGUCUUUGACUCAGCUAUUUAACUUCUUUGGAGAUUACCAAUUUCUCUCUUUGCCCUGGGAUUAAUUCGUUAGCUAACACAGAUUAAGACAACUUUUUCUUAAUAAAAAAAGUGCUGUCGAAGUCUGGAUUAAUCCCACUGGAGUUAUUUUCUUCUCUCCCUCAUCUUAUCUAAACACAAGCUUACAACCUUUCCCAGCAUAAAUGAGAACAGAACUUGGUCUGUCUGUAGGAUAUAAGGAUCUAGUAUCCUUCUAAUCCAAAGAACUUCUUUGUGCUGGUUGUAUUAAUGCAGAUGGACAACCCUAAGGUGAAAAAGCAUCUAUAAAUUCUUCUGCAUCGUUCUAUUGUCAUGUUUAGAGCUGGUAUCUCACUGCUGAAUUAUGACUUCUCCAGAAUCUGUUUAAGACCACAGGAGCCAAAUUAACCCGUGUGUCGUAGAGAUGUACAGAACUUUUCCUCUGUUUGUAGACUAUGGUACUUCUGUUGACUUAGAUGGGAAAAUUGUGAUUCCGUACACAGAAAAAUUUGCUCCUUCUCCAAGCAGCUACUUUUCAUCAAUGUGAUGGACAACAUCUAUUGGGGGGGGAGGGAACAAACAAAAAACCCUUUCCAUCUUAAAAACUUAUUUUUAACAAGGCAUGUUGAUUCCCUCCGCAACAAAACAUGCUAAAAAAUCCCUUUGGAUGCAAUCGUUUCAACCAGAAAAUUAAAUUUAGUUGAAAGAGUGUUUUUCUUUCUAAGUAAUCUGCAAACCAAAACCCCAAAAUAUGUGAUGAAGACAUCUUAAUUAAAAAAGAAGGCUCAAAAACCAGAAAAAUAAAAAGCAAACAUUUCUUUAUGAAAAAGCAGUGCUUUUUCACCUUGGAAAAAAUAUCAGGUGAUAAUGGUUAAUGAUAAUAGUAGUUCUGAUUGAAGUCUGACUGAAAACAGUCGUAUCACUUUCCCAUCAGCCCUGCAGCAUGGUCUCCAGGACUGGAGAGAUGAUUCCAUGCAAGCUUAAAGUCUUUGCAGUGAGAGACAAUUUAGGAUUCACUGUUUGUUUGCCACUGUACCAGUUAAUUCAAGAAAGAAGGCUAGAAAAGAAAUAGACAACAAAAAGCAGAGUUUUAUUUUAAAGCACGAUGCAAUGCUGAGCUUUUCCAUCAUGCAUCCCAACCCACUGUAUUCUAGAAUUUGCCAGGGAGGAUACAGUUAAACUGUUCUUGACUUACUGCACACACUGCGACCUUCAGUCGUUUCUCUGUGUUUGACAGAAUGUGGUGUAGAGUUGUGGUCUGUUUCAGUGGGUACAGCAACCAGUGCUAAAAGUGACCCCUGGUUUUUCCAAGCACAACAGUUGAUAAGGCUGAAUGGAAAACGAUGGGCUUUGCACCAAAUGUGAGCUUUGAGCACACUCUCUGCAUACUUCUAUAUUGUGUAUUUUGGCUAGCAGAAGAUUAGAGAUGUUAGUUUUGGACAGAAGCCAUUCACCUUGCAUAAUAUUUAUUGCACGGAGCUGGAUAUUGGAAACUUAUUUUGAGAACUUACACUUCAGUUUUCUUUGAGCUAUUUCCCUAAAAAUGCCUUCAUUUGAAUAUAAUGGCUUAACAGACCUUCAAACUCAACCUUAAUGCAUUUAAAAAGAUUAUUGGUUCUCCUGCAGUAUUCAAGAUGGAGAUCAGAACUGAAUUAUAAUGUAUUAGUCACAGAAAUGGGACUGGAAAUAAGGCAGGCAAAUCUUAAGGGUGAUGAUAAGUUACAUAGUAAAAGUGAACAGCCAAUGGACUAAAACUUACUGAAUUUUAUUUGUUGUAAUUUGAUAGAAUCCAGAAAUGAUUCUGUGGUACCACCCCAGAAAUAAUUCCAGGUGUUGGCGAACUUACAGUAUAAAUAGAGAAGACCACAUAAAGAUAAGGGAGAGAGAAAAGAGCAGAAAACAGAAACAACUUGUCCAAGACCAUAAGGAAAACCACCAAUAAGACCAAGAUUAGAAAUUACAAUUUUACAGUUUCCCAACCUGUGGCUUUCUCCAUAAGCCUCUGGGGCUUUUUUGACUAUUAGAAGGACACAGAUAUCUCCACACUCACGGCUGUCGUUAAUAUUGCACAAAGUAGUCACUGCAUUUGCUGCUGAUGAGGGGUUUUUUUCUUCAGAGUCACUUGUCCGCUGGACAGUAAUGGUCAAUAUUCGUUAGCUCAGAUAUCAUGGUACGUUUGGCUAUCACAGUAUGUAAAUAUCUUGGCUAUCAAAGUAUGUUUUGGUGCAUUUGCAUUUUGUCUGUAAUUCCUAUGAAAUGAAUGAAUGUUCUGGUCACCGAACUUCCCUUGUGCUGGUGCCCUGCGUUUGCUGUAGCUCAGUGCAGGUGUCAAAGCGAAGGUUCCCUGGCUUUGAGAAGACCUGACUUCUGCUGGCUAAAAGCAUCUAGAUCACCCAGUCUUGUGGUUAGGGGAGAAGACACAAAAUAAAUGUGAGAUUGAGUAGCUUUCUGUAGAUCCUAGCUCAGGAACCCCACAUGAAUGGCUCCAGCACAGUUCUCUACGCAAACAUUUCUUGUAUUCUGUUGUCUUACCCUAAGGUAUGGCGUAGGGUAAUUUUUUUCAAUACCUGGUAUGUAAGCAGAGCAAUACUAAAAACUGAGACCCUCACUGUGAUUGAUAAAAUAGAUUAUUUAUUAAUCAGCUACAGCAGUCCAGUAUUAAGCAAAAUACACUAAUACUGGUUAGCACAGAUUUACACAUAUCCAUUGCGAUCAAUCAUGAUUAUAUUCACCAUAAAAGUGCACAUCAACUUUGAUACAUGCUCGUGAAGUAACACUGACUGUCAGCUUCAAGGGACUUCUUCAGUUUUCUCUGUGAGUUUCUUAGAAAACUGCAAACCGACUGUAAUUCCAAGGAGCAGGACAUUUAACAAAAAAUAUUCGUACUUGCUACACCGAUGUUACUAUUUACCUCUGAGAAACGAAAUCAAGAGGGUGUAGAUUGCGUGAGAAACACAAUCAAGAGUGUCUAACAAUCAAGGACAUGAUUUGGGAUGAGUCCAAAGCUGAAUGUUCGUGAUUCAUCUUUCAGUGCAGCUACAACUGACACCAAUGCGAUUCACAUUGUAUGUAACUGUAACAUUAUAAACAAACGCUAAUUAUCUGCCAAGCUCUUGCCCUGGUGGAAUAAAUAUACCGUACCACCAGCAACAGAUCUAACUUCCACUCUUUCAUUGUUUUAAUGCCUUUCUUGCCUGUGUUUAACUAUGAAUGCUAUAUUAACAUGCAUUGCCACUUGGAGAGCCAGUUAAUAGACUGGGACAGAAGGUAUUUUAUAUUAACUGAUGUACUUUCUCUGCAAUCCUUCAGACUGUUGAAUAAUGCAAUACCUCUUCUGGCAAUAAAUGAUGAACAUGAUUUAUGAUAACUAUGCUUUAUACAGGUGUCAAAAAUCUGUUUUGUUGAACUUCCCCUCCGAUUCCUCCAAGCUCCAUUGUAAUUUAGGAACACCCAAGGUACAGAGCUGUAUAUUUAUCUAAGUUCUUCAAUAUACAGUUGUGGAGAGGGAGAGAGAUGGAAAGAGGGAGAACCUAAUCUAUGUUUAGUGCAAUGAUUACUCGAAUGAUAUGACCCAGUCACUACCAUAUACCACUGUUAAGGAGGAAUUUCCCAUCAUGUAUUUAUGUAGAGAAACCAAGUGCCAAAGUUAUUAUCUCAGAAUAAAUGUUAUCAUUCCAGACUUUGCUUAGCACCAUAUUUCUAUAUUAUAUCCAGAAUGCAUAUGGGCUUGUCAUAUCUCUGAACUGGCCGGUGUUCCGUGGUGUGUGCCAAAGUUUAGCUUCAAUUUAAGCUUGUUUCAGCUUAGCUGAAGAAGAAAAAUAAUUGCCUGAUUUUGAGACCAUAGGGUGUACACACACGUGUGUGCACACACAUGAAUGUGUCUCUGUGUGUGUAUGCACACAUGCACAUGCACACAGCUUUUCCUGUGACCUUUUUCAGAGGCACCGUAGCCUAGCUAAAGGCAUAAAGGUCUUUCCAAUUAGUCGUCAGUACAGGAAUGAUUAACCAUCCUGCAGAUCCAUGCUCACACUGUAUUUUUUAGAUUGCAUGUUUGUCAGUUUUCAAUUCAAAUGUAUUUCAAAUAUUUUUUCCUGUUCCGCCUCCUGCUUUUGUGAACUGUUUUGAAGAGUGUACUAAAAAGAUGCUUUCUAAUAUUAUUUUGUCAAAAUAUUUUUGUAGCAUAAUAUAUUAAUAAAAUGUUAUUAUAAAUCCAUAGCACAAGAAUCUUGCAUGUCUAGGUUCUUUCCUUUGCACUAAAAGCUAGGGAAUCACUGAAAAGGGGGAACAUUCAGUCAGUAGAACUUAGGUGUGCUGCUUUCCUUUUGCCCAAGACCAAGAUGGGGUAAAGGAAGUCAUGUUCUAGGGAAAGUUCCUCAUAAAAUGAUAUGAUUUUGUCAAAGCCAUUCCUGCAGUCAUUUGGAGAAUCUACAUACCUUUUUAUUGGUGAGAAGUCGCUGCCUCUCGUGUGUAACGAGUUCAUCUGGAGCAGCCUCAGCCUUUGAUUGACUGUCAAACUUUGUGAUCUUAGCGGUCUUUUCCAACCUUAAUGAUUGGAAGACACAUGUCACUCAAAAGAAGCCACAUGGUUAUUGUCAUGGCAUAUUUUGAGUGGUGCCUAGGAAGAAGGAAAAGCUCCUAACAGUAAGGGAAGGACCUGGAGGCUGAGCUUGCCUCUACCAUUUCAAAGGUUCAGUGGUAAAGCCUUUUUGAGGAUUUGGAAGGAUGGGUGAAUGAAGGAGCAGGGAUCUUGAAGGACAUUGACCUGAAUUCUGGGAGGAGAAACUGCUAUAUGGAUGAGACUGAGGCAGAGGGAGAGCUUUGAUGUGUUUUAUUCUUAUAUCUACUCAUUUGCAUACUGCCCAGGGUAGUACAUGGUGGGUCCCACAGCCUUUGGGACACCCAUGGUGGCAGGCAGGACCACAGCUCAAGGAUGGAGUGGGAUGAUCACAUGGAUACCCAGAAAGUGAUCCAUGGGGCUGACAGUGGCAUUGCCAACCUGGCAUGGCUUAACACAAGUAGUCCACUCUGUGCCACAAGCUGAUGCACCUUCCCAUCCCAGGCAGCAAGGAACAGGCAGGAGAACACCCUGACGACCUCUGCAGAAUGCUAUUUUCUGCAGAGUCUGGACUUUUGUCAGCCUGAGUAAAAGUAGAACAAAGCUCUUCCCGUUUAACAACUCCCCAUCCCUCACUACUAAAUCCAUUUUACCUGGAUAUGUAUGGUUGUAAAGCAACAUUGCAAGCCAUGGAACUACACCAGCAACUUUAGUUACUGCAACUGCUGUUAGUCCUCAAACACUGCCCCGGGAAGCACACAACCAGUUCUCACAUGGAGCAGCAGAGCCAGUCUUUGUGCUCUAACUAGCUGGGUGGAAAAGCCCAAAUGAAGCAUCCAUGUUCAUUCCUGGUGGUAGUGGGGAGUGCUUUCUCCAGCGCAAACAGCUGGUGUCCUUCGAACCACUGUUGUUUCUGUUGGCAAAUAAAAUAAAUCUGGUACUGCAGCUCGGCUGGGAAUGAAGCAGAAGCUACCUCUCCACACCAAGAUACAGACGUAGAGAUUUACUCAUUUUUCUUGCCAUAUUCCUCUUUCUAGCAUCCAUUACCUUAUAGCUGACACUACAGACUUCUUGCUGAUCACAGCAUCAUUGUUUGUUUCUUAAUUAUGUGCUAAUAAUUUGCUUUUUUAACACACUAUUUUGAGAAGACUCCACCGGUGGAUUUUAGAAAUAUCCACCAAAGGAAAUGCAGCGUGAGGUACAAACACUUAAGCUGGUUUGAACUAAGCUGACCAUGGCAAAGGAAGGAUUUGCUUUUGCAGAAUAGGUGGAAACCUCUGUAAAAAUAUGAUGUAAAAAGAGCCCAUCUAUUAAAACACCAACCAGACAGUCAAAGUUGCUUGCCAUCUCAAUCUUUGGACUUGCAGCCAGUCCGGAGAGUCCUUGUGGUCCAGCUGUGGUCUUAACCCUAUCCCCACACUCCAUGUCCUGACCAGUCUUGCAUUGCCAGCUGGCCCUGCCCCUGGCCAGUCCCGGUGUUCCAAGCUCUUUUGCUCUUAAGGGUCUUGUUCAGCCACAGGUCUGAAAAUGCAGCCAGCAGAGCCAGAUACUGGCUCAGUGGUGCCGUUUGCUUAAGCUUCUCCUUCCCUUGACCUCUCUCUGUACUCCUAGACUGUUAUUGCAGCGUUUUACUCCAACUUGAGAUUUUCCUGUUUAUAGAUUUGCAACGGAAAGAAGGGAAGCUGUGAUGAGAAAAGUUCAGGGCAGACAUUUGGGUUUCACGUGGAAUAGCUUAGUAUCUGCAUGGCUAUCCAGCAGCCGAUCUCCUUUUUUGACCAGUGCUUUCUGGUUCCCAAACCACCUGAGUGCCACCCACAAGUGCUCCCUGCUCCGAGUGGGUUGGAAAGAGCAUUUAACUAAAUGAAGCCUCUGUGUGUGCUCCAUGUUUCAUUCUGCCCAGUGAUUUCCAAUCGUCUCAGCUUGCGAACUUCCAGUAUUGCACAGAGACUGCAGACCCUUGGUUGCACUUGCAACGCAUAUAACGAUUUUUUCGUAGUCUAUUGCUAACUGUAGAAUUAGGUCAGGGAUGCCCAAGAGACCAAGAUAUGUCCCCGAGUGCCUGCACCGAUCUUUGCUCCAGGUGAAGGAUGGACGCCUUCCGCAGAGCAGCUCAGCGCACAAGUGCCCAACUGCAGUCCACCACCAUUUAUUUAUUUGGUUGGGGGGUUAUUUUUCAUUUUAGCCAGUUUGCACUCAAAUUAAAAUGCAGAGUGUUCUUUGUCCCCUCUUCCUGGUGAGCAUUUAAAAGCAGGAAAAAAUCCAUCAGGAGAGCUUUUGCCUUUGGAAAUGUGAGGGGGUGUCAUUUUGUGAGCAGCAAACCUAGUGAAGUUUGGGGAGGGUCAGCACAUCUCUGCCCUCCACCCCACUGCAGAUUUGCCAGUAUUUAUUAACAAUUUAUAUUAUUACCUCUCCCUGAGCAAAAAUACUAAUAGACCUUCCCUGUUAUCUAUUGCCUGAUAUUUAUUCUCAUGAAACACAUAGAAAUUAUUAUAUUUGAGACCUCUGACUCCAUGAGAACAGUUUCAAAAAUUGCUGGCCAAGGGGCAGUUCCAGCACACCGCAAUCACAUAACUGUUAUCGGUUUAGAAAGGAGGCUCCAGUAUGACUUACAGGCAGAUAUAUUUGAGGCAGUGCAUAUAUAGGAAAAUACAUCAUUGCUUGUGCACUCGGUCAGGGCAGAGUUGUUUCUACUGCACCUGAUGUGUGGAGAGGCUGAACAUGUCAUACCAAGCUGGGGGGAAGUUAGAGUUCAGCUUAACAUUACGACAGUUCGUGCCUCUAGCUCCAGACUCACCCCAGAGAUGUGCCCAUCUAACAGAAGGAGAUCCAUAGCAUCUCCAGGGGCUCAGUUGGAGCAGGGGAGACCAAGAAGAAAUAUAUUAAAAGUUGGGUGUACAGGUGGAGCCAGAGGAAUUCCACAAAUCACAGAGGAUGUCCAAAGACAAAGAUAACCAGACAUCCACAAGUCUGCUGCAAGUAAUGGAAAACAUAGCGUGUGUUUAGAUUGCUAAAUAGCUGGAUGGUGGGAAUAUGAUUGCCUCAUUUCACCGAGGUCUCAAAAUAUAAACCACUGAAGCUUUACUGAGCAUUACAGAUUCUGUAUUAGUAUUUUCAAUAUACAGUUUCUCCCACCACAGGGAAGAGCUUUUAAAUAUUCCCCUAUAUAUUUACUGAGUAAGUUUCACGUACUGGGUUUUGGGAGGGCAGAUAGUAACAGUACCGCAAACAUGUGGACUGGGAUAAAAAGGUGCCCAGCAGCUCUCUUGCUAUACCUACAUCAGCCCAUGCCAUCUCGCGCACCUAAGGAUGCUCUUUGUGUGAGCACAGAACAUCUGAGGUGCACUGUUGUGUGAGAUUCAGGAGUUAGAACUUCAGAAUGAUGGGAUAGACCACAAGGCCAGGGUCCUCAUAUGGCCACCAUACUGUUACAGGUGUACAAAAAAGGAGUCAGGAUUCAAAACCCCAACAGGUACAACUUUGAGUUAAACAGUGCCUACACAACAGGCCAUAUACCUAACAAACCACUCUGCCUUCUCCCUAGGCUGGACGCGUGGUAAAGUGCGUUUUGUGUGCAGCUUUGUGGAGAGUUUGAGGCAACUUCUAGCCCAAAACAUUCCACUGACUGCCAUUGGCUUUGUAUUAAGUCCUGAACACCUGAUCCAUAUGGGCAGCAGGUCCCAAUCCUGCGACCUCAAACACCUCGCUCCACGGCAUGCCAGCACUUUGCUAGGUUGCACCUUUGGGUUCAAGCCAUCAUCCAAAGUACUGCACUGGUUUCCACAUUUAACAAGGAUACGGUACAAAAUGGCAAAAUCACACGGAGGCAAACCUCCAUCGGGCUGAUUUUCAGAGGAAUGAUAAUAAUAAUAACUGCAACAGUGAGUUAAUGCUAACAGCCCUCAUUCACACCUGGAGUUCCUUGCCUUCUUGGAAUGAAAUGCAGCUUGAACAAAGGGACAAAGAUAAUGUGAGAAAACAUCAACAACAGGCAGAUAAAGGUAAUGCAAAUGAAAGACAGAUGUAGGAAGGGAAGUGGGAGCUUUUUUCUUUGAUUUGCACAGGCCCUGUAUCUUUAUUGUCCUAAGGAAUAUCAGUUUGUUGUCCUAAUGAUAUAAGUUCUCCAGUCCUCCUGCGUGACUUAUGAUGCACCUUUUCUUUCUUCAUGUGAAAGCCAUUGGUUUUAAUUAUAACAUGAUGGAUACACAGCCCGAACUAUCUCUGUGUGGCUGAAUUAUUUCAACAGCAGUGCAGUAGGGCCCUUUUUCUUUCCAUGGAUCUCUGCAGCUGUUUGUCUUGGCAGGGAUAGGUUUGUCUCCAGCUUCAUCCUGUAUGAAGUCCUUUCCACCCACUCAAGUUAGCUACAGCAGUCACCUCAUUUUUAAUGGGAGCAUUAUUAUCUUCCAUUUUGCACUGGCAAAAAUAACUCUCAAAAGGGGAAGAGAGAGAAACUCACACCUACCCAUCCUUCUUGGACAAACUGUCUUCGUCCAAACUGUAGGAAGAAAACACUUCAAGGAAUUUACCAAGAGCAGUUUUUUUCUCUUAGCAACAGUCCAGGCCAAAAGUGGAUACGGAGUCUGUGAUAUCAUCUCUCAACCAGAAGGAUUCUCUUGAAGGCACAUUAGUUCAGUUUACGCAUGCAUUGCAAACACAAUAGUGGUGGUUGUGUGGUUGUACGAUGGACAAUGCUGGUUGUGUUCUCUGGCUGUGCAUGGGCCAAAUGUGGCCCUGAGGACAGGAUCCAACCCACACAAUGGCUUUAUCCUGUUGCUGCCUUUUCUUCCAAGGGAAAUACAAUCAGUUCGUGAAGAGCCAAACAUUGUUAUCUUGGCCCUGUUUGCAGCAAUGUGCAUCGAUCGUGAUCUGCCACUACUGAGUCCAUGAAGAAGGGCAGACAGAGACAUCUCUGGGGUUAGUUUUCCCAUCACUGAAGGUUUAAUGGUGACAGACCAAC